AUGCCAUCGUUAGCAGGAAAAACAAUUUUUAUUACGGGAGCAUCCCGUGGUAUUGGCAAACAAAUUGCAUUGAGAUGUGCACGAGACAAAGCUAAUAUUGUUGUUGCUGCUAAAACUACUCAAGCACACCCAACAUUACCAGGAACGAUUUUCACAGCUGCUGAAGAAAUCGAAAAGGCUGGCGGAAAAUGUUUACCAUGCGUUGUCGAUGUACGUGAUGAAGAACAAGUUAUCAAAGCAUUCGAACAAGCUGCACAAAAAUUUGGCGGUAUCGAUAUUCUAAUUAAUAAUGCAUCAGCUAUAUCAUUAACGGAUACACCAUCAACACCAAUGAAACGUUAUGAUUUGAUGCAUUCAAUUAAUGCACGUGGCACUUUUCUUUGUUCAAAAAUUGCUAUUCCAUAUUUGAAGAAAUCUUCAAAUCCUCAUAUUCUAAUGAAUUCUCCGCCAAUAUCCUUGAAUCCACAUUGGUUUAAAGGACAUGUUGCAUAUACUGUUGCUAAAUACAAUAUGUCUUUAUAUGCAUUAGGUCUUGCAGCUGAAUUACGUGAAUCCGGUAUUGCUGUAAAUGCAAUAUGGCCAAAAACUGCUAUUGAUACUGAUGCAAUAAAUUUAAUUGCUGGUGAAGACUAUCGAAAAAAAUGUCGAACACCACAAAUUAUGGCUGAUGCUGCCUACGCAAUCUUAACGCAAGAUAGUCGAUCAUGUACAGGCAAUUUUUUUGUUGAUGAAGCUUUACUUCGACAACAAGGCGUAACAGAUUUUGAUCAAUAUUCUGUUGUGCCUGGUACAACAGAUUUUAUGCUUGAUUUUUUUCUUGACGAAAAUCUUCCUCAAUUACAACAUCUGCAAGCAUCAAAGGCUGCACCAAAAGCAGAAGCAAAUGCUGCUAGUGGACCAGCAAAUAUCGAACAAAUAUUUGACAAAAUAAAAGUAUUAUUUACGCCAGAUCUAUUGAAAAAAGUUAAUAGCGUCUAUUCAUUUGAUCUACAAGGCGAAAAAUGGUAUUUAGAUAUGAAAAAUGGUGAUGGAAGUGCCGGUAAAGGUGAACCAGCAGCAGGUCCAGCACAAUGCACAAUGACAAUGUCUAAAAGUGAUUUUCAAUUAAUGUUUGCAGGAAAAUUAAAACCAACAGCAGCUUUUAUGGGUGGAAAAUUAAAAAUUAAAGGUGAUUUGUCAGUAGCACUUAAAUUAGAAAAACUACUCAAGCAAAUGAUUCCAUCGAAACUCUAA